UGGGUGUGACGUGGCAUAAAGAAUGCGUAUAUUUUUAAACAUAACUUGACGAGCCCGGCAAAGUGAGCCCUUUGAAAACCAAUGAAAAGUGCUCGGUCAGGUCAUGGAUGAGCAGAAGAGUGGCCAUAACUGUCAAAGUCUUGUUGGGUUCUGGUUUAGUUUUCACAAUCACAAAAAUGGAACUAACUACUGACGGAUAUGAUAAAGAUCAUUGUGCAGAAAUAAUGAAGAAGCUUAACGAAAUGAGAAAAAGUAAAGAACAUUGUGACAUUGCAAUAAAGGUUGGUAAUGAAGAAAUCCUGGCACACAGGAAUAUUUUGUCCGCAGGGUCAGACUAUUUCAGAGCAAUGCUGUUUCAUGAAAAUGUUGAAAGUCGAUCUGGCGUCGUUCAAAUGAAACAAACUGAAUUUUCAAGCGUUAGGAUUUGCAUUGAUUUCAUUUACACUGGACAUCUUAGCAUUCCUGACUAUAAAAAUUGCAAACAACUAAUGCAUACUGCUCAUAUUAUGCAGCUACAAAAAGUUUGCGAGAAUGUUGCGACAUAUCUUCGAAAGAAAAUAAAUAUAGAGUCGUUUUAUUCAGCAAAGAUAAUUGCAGAUAUGUUCAAUUGUACAAAAUUACUUGAAUGUUGUGAAAAGUUUGCUUUAAAAAAUUUUCAACAUUUAGCUAUGAAGGAUGAUUUUAAACAUUUAGAGAAGGAAUUUGUUUCUUUGUUGAUUGGAUCACGGAAUACAAAAGCUUCCGAAGACAUAAAAUGCAAGGCGCUGAUUAUUUGGACAAAUUUUGAGAGAGGAACUCGAACUUCUACUUUUGAAGCACUUUUUGAAAAAUUGAAUUUGACUAAAAUUGCUUCGAAAUAUCAGUCAUAUCUUAUUCAAAAAGAGCCUUCAGUUUUCAACUCAGAUUUAUGUACGAGUGCUCUAACUCAAGCCAAUGAUUUAACAAAUGUAGAGCCAGAGGAUGUUGACAUAGCCACCUCAAAAUUUGUGACUAACGAAAAUGUAAUUGCAGUGUUUAGUAAAACAACAUGUUCCAUCCAUGUUUUCAAUCCAUUUCUGAAAACCUGGACAGAAAUGCAGAAGAUCGAUAAGGAAUUUGUUGCUAAAUACUUCACUGCAGCAGUGCUUAAUGACAUUAUAUAUGUUUUUGGAAAUUACGGGAACAAUUAUAAGUUGGAUUACACCGACAUCAAUGCUACAUGGGUUCGACUGGACGAUCGAAAAUCAGCUAAGAAACGUGCGAUCGGUGUUGCUUUUGGCAACUAUAUUUAUGCAUUUGCUGACCAUGGUUGGUAUAGUAAUGCUGUUGAGAAAUAUGACCCAUAUGAUGAAACUUGGUCUGAUGUCACGCAUAAGCCAGUGGAAGGAUUUGGAUCAUCUAUUGUUUCUCUUGGAAGUUUCAUCUACUGCAUAGGAGGGGUGAACAAUACUGGACAUAUGUCGAAUAACUUGAGAUUCAAUCCAUCAGAUUUAACAUGGGAAGAACUUCCGUCAAUGCCAACCGCACGAAAAUUUUCUUCUGCAGCCGGACUCGAGGAAAAAAUUUAUGCAAUGGGUGGGACUCAAAGCUUCCAUUUGAAUAUUGUAGAGUGCUUCGAUACAGUUGCAGAAACGUGGACCACUGUUGCUAGUUUAAACAAUGCAAGGGCAAAGUUUACUUCAUGUGUUGUGGGAGAUAAGCUAUUUGUUGUUGGAGGGGAGCUUUCUAACAAUACAAUUGAAGAACUGGAUCCUGAGAGUAAUACCUGGAAUGUUGUAGAUAAAAUGAGUGGAAAAUUCAUUCAAGCCAAUGCUUCCGUUCCCCUGUAUAUUCUCCCUUAGCAAAGGUUGAAAUUGUUGAUCUACUUUCCUAUCAAGAAAAGUUUUCUGUCAACACGCAACUGUUGUCUUUUAGAUCUCAUUUAUUCGCUGUCAGGUCGCCCUCCAGCUGGAAGACAAAAAACUGUGCUCGCAGUCUCACAAAUCAGUUUUAGCUUCUGGACUCUGUUUGAUUGCAUUGUUUUAUUUUAAUUGUAUUGACACAUAAGUUCAGCAAUUUUAUGCAAUUAUUGUAUUACUUAUAAGUGUAUAAAAUUUGUAUUGGGAAUUAUUAUUCAUCGAUAUUGAUGUAAUGGAUCAUUUGAAACCAGCACUGUGAAGUAGAAGCUUGUUAUGUUUGUACUGGUAUUGUAGGGAAUAAGAGAGACAUCUUUUUAACGCAAAAUGAAAACGAGAGAAAUAUUGGGAAACCGGCAGUUAUGCAGAGGCGAGAGCCGUUGAAGCACGCACCCUGGCGCUUACCGACUUUGGCCGAUAUGUAUCGGUUGUUUACUGCCGAUAUGAUAUAUCGGCAAACACGCAAUAUCGGCCCGAUAUAUCAGUAGACCGAUAUAUCGGUCGAGCUCUUAUUAUUAACAUGAAAAUAUAAUUUAUAUCAUUAUUAUUUUGUAACAUAUUAUUAUGAACACUGUAUUCUUAGACUUGUGAAUAAUAGAAUUUAAAUUUUGUCUAAACCAAAAUUACCAUCAAUGGCAUUAGUUCAUUUCCCACUGUGUAUAUCAUUUCCACCAACUGUUUAAUUCUAUUUUUGUAAAAUUUUUAUUUCUACCAUCUUAAAUCCCUCAUUUUAUUUGCUGGUAUAUUCUUUCCUGAGAUGAAUGACCAUAAUAACAUGAUUUACGUUUUGAAAGCUGUUACUUUAUUCCUUUUUGACAGUGUGCUUCUCUGAAAAAUAUUGUUGAUGAUGUGUAUGUGGCUACUUCUUCUUUAUAUUGGCGUAUUAUUAUACUUUUGAAUGUUCAAUUCAAUUUUUUAUUUAUGUUAAAAUCUUAUUUGUAGGUAUUUUAUAAAUACCGUUUUUGCCCCUUACACAGGGGGGGCCAGGAUUAUAGCGAAUGUACCACUGAUAAUUCAAAUAAAAAUAAAAACAAAAAGUCUGUGCAAAAAUCUUUCCCGCCCAGAAUUACUUCCUCAUGUUAUUAAUCUUGGGUAACAUUACUGCUCAUUUGGUGCAGACUGUAACAUACCGUAGUUAGGCCAAGUGUGCUAACCACUGAGAUAUUGUGUUCUACUAUUACAUUACCACUGUUCCAUGAGUUGGUAUCUUUUUCAUAGAGAAAUAAAACACUUUCAUAUUAUUUCCACUGUAGAUAUAACAUAUAUUCCUGCAUUUUUUUGUAUUUUCA